GCGGGGUCCCGGCACACCCGAGCCGCGUCCCCGAGCACGGCCCAUGGCCUCCCCACGCCUGGGGACCUUCUGCUGCCCCACGCGGGACGCCGCCACGCAGCUGGUGCUGGGCUUCCAGCCCCGGGCCUUCCACGCGCUGUGUCUGGGCGGCGGCGCGUGCCGCCUGGCGCUGGGCCUCCUGCAACUGCUGCCGGGACGACGGCCCGCGGGCCCGGGGGCCACGUCCACGUCCCCGCCGGCCUCGGCGCGCGCCCCGGCCUCCGUCCGCAUCCUGCGCGCCGCCGCCGCCUGCGACCUGCUCGGCUGCCUGGGGAUCGUCUUCCGGUCUGCGGUGUGGUUGGGAUUCCCCGAUUUCGUCAAGGGCAUCUCAGACGUGAAUGGGACGGACCUUUGGCCUGCUGCGUACUGCGUGGGGACCGCAAUGUGGAUCCAGCUGUUGUACGGUGCCUGCUUCUGGUGGCUGUUUUGCUACGCGGUCGACGCCUAUCUGGUGAUCCGGAGAUCAGCAGGACAGAGCACCAUCCUGCUUUACCACAUCAUGGCCUGGGGCCUGGCUGUCCUGCUGUGCGUGGAGGGAGUGGUCAUGCUCUACUACCCGUCCGUGUCCAGGUGUGAACGGGAUCCGGAGCUCGCCAUCCCGCACUAUGUCACCACAUACUUGCCGCUGCUGCUCGUCCUGGGGGCCAACCCCAUCCUAUUCUGGAAGACCGUGACCGCAGUGGCCUCUUUACUAAAAGGAAGAAAAGGCAUUUACACAGAGAACGAGAGACGGAUGGGAGCCGUGAUCAAGAUCCGAUUUUUCAAAAUAAUGCUGGUUUUAAUUAUUUGCUGGUUGCCAAACAUCAUCAACGAAAGCCUUUUAUUCUAUCUUGAAAUGCAACCAGAUAUCAACGGGAGCUUUUUGAGACCUGUGAGAAAUGCGGCCAAGACCACGUGGUUUAUAAUGGCGAUACUGAACCCAGCCCAGGGAUUUCUCUUGUCUUUGGCCUUCUACGGCUGGACAGGAUGCAGCCUGCAGUUUCAGUCUCCCAGGAAGGAGAUUCAGUGGGAAUCCAUGGCAACCUCUGCCGCGGAGCAGCCCUACCUGUCCCCAGAUGGCUCCAGCGCACCCGGUGAGAGCCUCACUCCCAGGAAGGUGCUGCGACUCGGCGGGCACGUGUCCGACGAGGCCCUGAGCCUGUUGUCUGAAGGUGAGCCUUGUCUGCCAAUGCAGGUGAAUUGCGGAGCCCCGGGGCCACCCGGAAGUCCUUUAUCAAACCAGGAAGUGAUGUGUUGUGGGAGAGGUGUCCGUGACACCUGUAAUACCCUCAAGGGUGUGAGGGGAAAGUUACAAUAGCAGCAAUGAUGCUCCUCUUGUAUUCUGUUACCCACUUGUCUUUUUAAUAUUUUAAUGGCACUUAUUAAGCACUGCAGACCUGUGUAAUUUUUUAAAAUGUUUAUUUUUGAGAGAGAGAGACAGAGCGUGAGCAGGGGAGGGGCAGAGAGAGA